AUGAGCUGGGAUUUUGGGUUCAGAAGAAACUUAAAUGAUCAAGAGAUUGAGGAGUUUGCCUCGCUGAUGGUUAAGCUAGAAAAUGUCCGUUCAGUGGAGUCCAAACCAGAUGAAAGGAGGCGGAAGCUUGAGCCUAAUGGGAAAUUCUCUUGCAAAUCUUUCCAUAGCUUCUUAAUUAGUGGUGGAUCAGAUCCAAUUUUUCCUCCUGCAAAGUUUAUUUGGAAGGUCAAGGUCCCUACUAAGGUGAAGAUUUUGGGAUGGCUUGUGGUACUGGGGAAGACAAAUACAUGUGAUGUUCUUCAAAGGAGAAGACCAGGAAGUUGUUUUUCUCCUCACUGGUGCAUUUUAUGCAAAGCUCAAGGGGAAAGUGCUGAUCAUGUCUUCGUGCAUUGUGAAGUGGCUAAUUUCUUAUGGAAAAAAUUAUUUUGGGAAGCAAGAGUGGACUGGACAACUCCAUUAGAGAGAAAUGACUUGCUAAGAGAAAACCCCAUAGCGUUUGGUAAAGGUAAAAAAGCCAGAACCCUUUGGGGUUGUGGGGUGCUAGCUGUAGUUUGGGUGAUCUGGAUGGAAAGAAAUAAAAGAUUAUUUGAAAACUAUGGAGGGGUGGAGAAGGAAGACUUGUGGGAGAGAGUCAAGUUUUGGGCAUCCUUAUGGGUUUCUAUUUCUAAGGAAUUCAAGGAUUAUAAUCUUUCUUCCAUUAUUCUUAACUGGCAAGCAGCUGUAGUAUAA